CUUUCUACAGUGAGAAGCUGCCUGGCCCGAGGACAAGGGGGCGAAUGGUUGUCCUCAAUACCAACCUGUACUAUGACCAGAACGACAAGACAGCUGGUGAGGAAGAUCCUGGAGGGCAGUUCCAGUGGCUGGAAGAAACACUGACCAAUGCCUCUAGAGCAGAUGAAAUGGUCUACAUCGUGGGGCAUGUCCCUCCUGGCUUCUUUGAGAAGAAACGAGGCAAGCCCUGGUUCCGGAGUGGCUUUAAUGAACGCUACUUGAAAAUUGUGCAGAAGCACCACAGAGUGAUUGCUGCCCAGUUUUUUGGGCACCAUCACACGGACAGCUUUCGCAUGUUUUACAGUGAUACAGGUUCUCCAAUCAAUGUGAUGUUCUUGGCCCCUGGAGUGACUCCCUGGAAAACAACACUACCUGGAGUGAACAAUGGAGCCAACAACCCUGGGAUUCGGGUGAUCGACUAUGAUCCAGACACCCUUCAGGUGUUGGAUAUGGUGACUUACUACCUGAACCUAACUCAUGCCAACAUGAUGGCCUCAACAUGGGAGGAAGAGUCCCCAGCAUGGGAAGAAGAGUAUAGACUGACAGAGGCCUUUCAGGUCCCUGAUGGCUCUGCCCGCUCCAUGCAAACAGUGCUGGAGAGGAUAUCACAGGAUCCACACUAUCUGCAGCAGUACUACGAGUUUAACUCUGUCAGAUACGACCUCACCCCAUGCGACAAGGCCUGCAGUGUUGAUCAUGUUUGUGCCAUCAGGGAGGUUGAUUUUACAAAAUACAAUGAGUGUGUUAAAACCAGCUGCUCUGCCUCUGCUGUCAUCAGUGUUUGCCUUUUAUUUUUCUGCUUGCUUUCAGGACUUCUCAGCCCGCAGCAAGCGCUGUGGUGA